UACAACCGGGCACUUACGGCUCUCCCACUCUCGUGUCAAAUACUCGCGCUGUCCUUCCUCGCCUUUUCCACCAUCAUCACCUCUUUUUGCGUACCGCACUCGCCGCAGACCAGCUCAUCUCUCAGUCCCCCGCUGACGCUGCACAACCCCACUCCCACACAAACAUCGGCUCACGUCGUGUGAAUAUCUCCACGUAGCCCAUCAUGACGCUCUACUACAGUCUGGUGUUCCUCCUCUUGGUGACGGAGAUGCUCAUCUUCUGCGCUCUCAUCGUCCCUCUACCCUUCACAUGGCGCCGAAAGCUCUUCACCUUCAUAUCGGAGAGCCCCAUAAUAGCGAAGUUACAAUAUGGCAUGAAGAUUACAUUCAUCUUCAUCCUGAUCCUGUUCAUUGACAGUGUCAACCGCGUCUACCGCGUACAAAUCGAGCUCUCUGGCUCCGAUGACCAGGGCCGCUCAGGUGUUGCUGCUGGUGGCAUUGAACGCAUGGAAGUCCAGGCUCGCAAGUUCUACUCGCAACGCAACAUGUACCUCUGCGGUUUCACCCUCUUCCUCUCCCUCAUCCUCAACCGCACCUACGUCAUGAUCCUCGAUGUCCUCCGUCUCGAGGAGGAGGUCAAGGGCCUCAGGGGUGAUCCCGCUGGCAAGAAGGGCAAGUCUGCAAAGGAUAUCGGUGCUCCCGGCGAGGUUGCCGAUCUCAGGAAGGAGCUCGAGGCAAAGGACCGCGACAUGGCCAACUUGAAGAAGCAGGUCGAGAACAUGCAGAAGGAGUACAACCGUAUGGGCGAUGAGGUUGCUGGAAAGCAGUAGAUGAGGACUAGCUUCAAGCUGAGGCGUGACCACAAGGGCAUAUCAUGGGAUGGGUGUAGCAAUAUCGGCUUUCCCAUGCUAGGAUGGGUGAUUAGUGGACACUGGGAUUGUAUGGUUUACACUGGAAAAGCAUUUUGAUAUUGUGUUGAAAGACAAGUAAUUGUGUUGUCGUUGGCUGAAAUGGUAUGGCGGAGUGGAUACGAGAACAGCGAGCAUAGGCGUUGGUAUGAUUUGCGCAGUAGUCAAGUAGCAAUUAAAGGUGGAAUAUCUUC